AUGGCGUUUUCAGAAGCACAAAGAAAGGUCAGGUUGUCCAUGGUGCUAAAUUGUGACAAGGGGGAUUUCUCCAAGCUGAUUUUCCCUCACCAAAGGCACAGCAAUGAGAAACCACAAGAUGAGCAAGAUGGUUUGGUGCUUGAGGAGUUGGGCCAAGCUAGGAGAGCUAUAUCACAGAAACUGUAUGUGAUUGGUAUGCUUGCCCUGGACAGCUGGGAUCUUUACAUUCUUGUACACUGGACUUGCUUCAACAGUGUUAUGUUGGUGGCCCCAGAGCUGAACACAGUACUACAGUGCUUGCUGGUGAUAAUAACUGUUACUCAUGGCUCUGUCACCUGGACCAGUGUGCUCAGUGGCAGCUCAGCAGUCUUCUCUGUGGGAAUUCAGAGCCUGCAGAACCUCUCCAGUAUGAGCAAGAGGGACAUGAGAUGUUUGACAAGUGUCUUGAGUGAUACUUUGUUGGCUAAGUGCGGCACUUCUGCCCCCAGAUGCCUGAACUUCCAGAAUGGCUCUCUAGUGCUGAAGACUGUGGAGAAAGAGGAUGAAGGAAAAUAUGAGUUUGUUUUUCACAACACCACCAGAGUUUUUACACUGCAAAUAUUUGAGCCAACCAUUGGUAUCCAGUGCUUUCCUAAUGGGACUGGAGAGGUGUCUUGCAACGUGAACAGCAACGAGAGCACCAGCUUUCGGUGGCUGCUGAAUGGCACCGUGAUGAGUGCCCCUGAGGCUUGUGUUAAGGAUGGUGGGAAGAAGGUUCGCCUGGACAAAACUGUGCCUGGAGAGCUUGUAUGUGAGGUUUACCAUGGGAACAGUGUCACCAGGACCAAGCCUGUUUUGCUCUCUUGCAGCUAUGGAGACCUGCUGCAGUAUCCGUGGUUCAUCUACAUCCUUGCAGGGAGUGCAGGGGGUGCAGUUAUCCUGGUGGUGCUUGUGUCCUCAGUCAUAUGCUGCUGCAUGAAAAGGAAACACAAGUUCAUACCAGUGCCUUCAGAGGAGGAGAAGGAUGACAGACUAAUAAUGUCUAUGAUCUCCAGUGAAAGUGUGAAGAGCCCCCCCAGUGGAGACCAUGUUGAGGCUCAAGCUGCCCAAAUUGACUGUCCUCCAAAGCCUGGUGGGUCCAAUGCUGCCCAGACUGACCAAGAUGUUGAGCCUCAGCCACCUGUGGAAGAAAACUUGGCAGUGGAGAUGGAGGCUGAGCAAAUGCCAGACCCAGAGGUCAUAGUUGAUAUGGAAAGCCAGGAAAAUCCCUCAGACUGUUUCCUAGAUCCAAGUGAUGACUGA